CUACACGCAACGAAACCCCAUGCUGGCUUCUUGUUUUUCGUGUUGUUAGUCAAGGGUGCCGCUCCCCAUCUACACCCACACAGCUACCCUCUACAGUGUAUGUCUGUACACCUACAUCUCUCCGUUGCACAGCAUCUCCCACGCCAGCACUGGAUUCGAUUCGUACACCUGGCGGUAGCUCAACAGCGUCACCCUCUCGACCAGCCACAGGACGUGAGGAGGUGGUGGCGGCAUGGAACUUGCGCUGCAACAAACACCAGACAAACACGGGGUGUGCCUCUGCCAGUCCGUUUCCCGUUUUCCCCUCUACCCGGGUGCAUAGGGGUCAGGGCCGGGAUGGGCGUAAGUCCUCUCCUCAUUCUCCUUGGCCCGGUCCUCAACCUCCUCGGUGCGGUCCUCAUCCUCCUCUGUGGACCACAUAAGGAGGACUGCAUAUUCGCUUUGCGAUGAUGCGAACAUACGGUAGCCUGAUCUGUGUUUUUGGACAGGACCACGUCAUUAUGAGGCCUCAGCCCCUUCCGACUAGCUGUCUCCUCACCCCCUUCCUCAUCAGCCACGAGCGAGCCUCUUGGUGCGCAGCUGUGUGGGUGGUUGUCGCAUAUCCUAAACCCUAGAAUUUCCAUUGUCUCCUAUGACUCUUUCAAGUGGGGCAAUCUCUGCAACAACGCAUCAGUCGGGGGGGGCUCUGCUACAUGAGUUCAAAUCAUAAUUCCCUAUACAGGACAGGUCGUGUGCA